UCCGCCCGCCGCCGCGUUUUACGAGUGCUCUGGCAAUAAAAUUUGCCUUUCGACCGCCAUCGUUGACGAUUUUUUGUGCCGGUCGCAGUUUAUCCAUCCUCCAUUAAAUUAAAAAUCGACAAACGGUUGGUCAACUUUGAAAAAAUCAUUCAAAUCCUCUUCAAAUUUUUUGUUAUUCAAAAUUAAUAACUGAAGAAGUAUCACUGGUCAUGACGCGGCAUUCCACGCCCAAUGUUUUUCUUCUUUUUUUGGCUGCUUUAUUCAUUCUUCCUUUUUAUUGUAUCUCCAUCAAAUGGCUAGCACUUCAUAGGGUACAGCCCGCAUGGACAAAUUCAGGAGAUUGCCCUCGUUCACGUGAAGAACGCCGCGUUUUUGGCCUUAUAGCUUAUCAAGCACGUGUUUGCGUUCGUCUGCCUGAACUUAUACCACAUAUAAUUAAUGCUGCUUCUUUGACUGUUGAUGUGUGCCAAGCCGCAUUCGCUGAUCGAAGAUGGAAUUGUUCUUCUAUUUUAACUGCUCCAAAUUUGAGUGCUGAGUUAAACAGUGGUUGGUACAAAGGAACAAGCAUUUGUUUAUGCGCUCUCAUCAGCAGCCGUUACGCACCACGUAUUUAUCGCAAAAUAAAUUUAAAUAGAUAUCUUAAGGUAGCAAAAGCUUGCUCUUCUGGUCAAUUAGCAAAUUGUCCUUGUGGUUUUGGAGAUACCGUGACGACAACAGCUCCAAUUGGAAGCGACCAUUUUCAAAGAAAUCUUACUGAAUUAAGUUAUAAAUGGAAGGGGUGCAGCGAUAAUGUUGUUCAUGGACGAAGAAUUAGCCGUGAAUGGAGUGAUUCAAAAUGGAGACCUAAUCCUGCGGAAGCAGUUAAUGAAAUCGCAGCUCGAAAUCGUUGGAAUAUUGUUGAUGCCGAGAGAAUUGGAGGAAGCGAUGAUUAUAUAGAAGACCAAAUGAGGGUUUUAAAACUUAAAAGAGUGAAUUUAACGAGAAUGAGGGAAAUCUACUUAAAUUCUUUUUAG